GGCAAAGGAGAUGAAGAAGACACGGUCAUCGACAUUCUUUACGAGAACCAGCGAGGCAUGUUCUUCUUUGGCAUUCCGAAGUACUCCUCCGCUUCACUGCUGCCUAGCGAUCCGAAGCCCUGGCAGAAUGGCCAGUUUCGAACAAGCGCUGUAGACAUCCGCAACGCUCAAGUGCCAGAUCCAAGUUGGGAGUGGGCAUGGAAGAGCUGGUAUGUUGACAUGAGUCGCGACGUAGACGAGGAGGGCUGGGAGUACAGCUUUGCGUUCGUUGGCCGUGCCGGCGCGACUUUUGCCUGGCAUGGCAAUCAUCCAUGGUUUCACAGCUUUGUGCGCAGAAGGAGAUGGCUGCGCAUGAGGAAGCGCAAGAGUAACGUGCAUAGAACGCAGGAAAAGGCUCACGAGUUGACUUCGGACUACUUCACGAUUCAUCCUCGGACGAUACGUUCAGCUAACAUGUUGAGUCGGAAUGCGUCGAGUACGCUUGUCAGUAAUAUUGCCAGGCCCGAUCCAAACGUAGACGUCGAGAAGAUGGAAAUCCUGAACAUUGGACAUCUCCUUUUGGCUCUUCGAAAGUCAACAGUGGACAGGGAGAAGAUUGUCGCGGUCCGCAAUUUCACGGAUCAGGGCGGCGAAGAGCUUUACUACCUCAGCGAGCGCAUGGAGGAGAUCAUGGGCAUGCUUAUAUUCCAAUCUUCACGACGCCAGCUGCUGAUUGAUCUCAUCUCGCGUCACGAACAACUGCGAGCAGAGCAACAGGCGCUUGCCAACCACGAGCACGGCAAUGAUUUGCAGCUUCAACAAGAACACGAUCGCAAGGCGCGACAUGCUAGUAACUUGCACAAGGCGAUUCAUGUGGCAGAAGAGCAAGUAAAGAAGCUGGAGUACUGGUCAGAUAUUCGCGGUGUGGGUGGCUCCGCGAUGGCGUCAAAUCGUGAGGAG